AUGAAGAAAGGCGGAGGAGUUUCAGAAGAAGCUAAAAAAGGAGGCAAGAAAUUCAAUGGCCCAGAUUCGAUCAAGUACAAAAAGAAGAUGAAGAAGAAGAAUAUGCAGCGAUUGGGAGGAGCAGGCCUCUCUCUCGAAGCAUUCGCCAACGCCAAAACUAGGAACGACAAUUACAACCCUGCCUUAAUUAAAAAGCAAAGGGAGUUCUACAAGAAUGCUAAAUAUGUGCAAAAAUUUAAGAGGUCAUUAAAGCAUCAAGAGAAGCAGAAUGAUCCCUCCACAAUUGCAAGACCAUUGGAGGAUGAAAAUGAAACUGAAGAAGAUCGAAAUGUUGAACAGAAGAACAAGAAAAGCAAGAAGAAAUCCCAAAGUCUCGAAGAAUUGUACAAGAAAAAGCACGAAGAGCAAGAGAAAGCUAGACUAGAAAGGGAAGCCAUAAUUCAGGCAGCGAAGGAAAAAAGAGAGAAAACGGAUGCCAAAAGAAAAGCUUUGAAGGAGAAAAUGUAUAAGAAAACAAAGUCAGGUCAACCUGUUAUGAAAUACAGAAUUGAGCAUAUGUUGGAAACAAUUGAAAAUUUAAACAAGGCAAACAAAGCAACAAGCAGCACAUGA